CCGAGCCAAUCGCUUCCUUUGUGCCCACGGUGCCACCGAGAGCUCGUUCCCCCCUCCUGCGUUGAUUAUUCCUCUUGCGAUUCUCUCCAACCAAAGGCACACGAGGAGGCUUAUUUUACGAGAGACCCUCACAUCCACGCCAUGGACAAACCAACGCUCAAUUCGUCCCACAGCAAAGAGGAAAUCCAGCCUCUCCGUUACCUAAGCAGACCAGAAGCCCUUGCGAUCGAGAAAGAGCUGGUGGAAGAGUUCAGAUUUGGCCAACAGCAACUUAUCGAGAUUUGGGGCCACGCUUGUGCCAUGGCGGUCACGAAGGUUUUCCCCCGGAGGUCCCUCCCAAAAAAGCAGCCCACGCUUCUGGUGGUCUGUGGCUGCGAACAGAACGGGGCCAUCGGAUUGGCCUGCGCCCGGCACCUGCGUGUUUUCGAAUACGAGCCCACCGUCUUUUACCCGAAACGGUCCUCCAACCCCCUCUACCGAGACUUCACCACCCAGUGCGAGAAAAUGGACAUUCCUUUUCUAUCCUACCUACCUACGGAGGUCCAGCUCAUUAGCGACGCCUACAAUCUGGUCGUUGACGCCGUCCUCGGAGUCGAGUCCAACCCGGGCGAGAUCCUCGAGCCGUACAGCACCAUAUUGGCCAUCCUCAAGCAAAUCCACGUCCCUCUGGUCAGCCUGGAUGUCCCUUCCGGGUGGGACGUGGAGACGGGCGGCAGCAGCGACGGCCUCAGCCCCGACGUCCUCGUCUCGCUUUCGGCCCCGAAACAGUGCGCCACCCGCUUCGUGGGCAAACACCACUUCGUCGCCGGGCGCUUCCUCCCCUACGACGUCCAGAAGAAAUUCGAACUCAAUUUGCCCGACUUUCCGGGCACGGAAUGCGUAGUUUCCCUUUAGAGCGAACCGACAUGGAUACCAACCCCAGAUUCGCUCCGUACGUUGCGUCGGAUUAUCCGAUUCGCUCCGUAAAUUGAGUCGGAUGAUCCGAUUCGUUCCAAAUGUCACUUCGGAUUAUCCGAUUCACUCCAUACGUUGCAUCGGAUUAUCUGAUUUGUUCCGUACGUUGCAUCGGAUGAUCCGAUUCGUUCCGUACGUUGCAUCGGAUGAUCCGAUUCGUUCCGUAUGUUGCGUCGGAUUGUCCAAUUCAUUCAGAACGUCGCGUUGGAUUAUUCAAUUCAUUCCGUACGUUGCGUGGAUGAUCUGAUUCGUUCCAUAUGUUGCAUCAGAUUAUCCAAUUUGCUCCGUACGUUUCGUAGGAUUAUCUGUUUCACUCCGUAUGUUGCAUCAGAUUAUCCGAUUCAUUCUGAAUGUUGCGUCGGACUAUCUGAUUCACUCGUACGUUACGUCAGAUGAUCCGAUUCGUUCCAUACGUUGCGUCGGAUUAUCCGAUUAGCUCCAUACUUUCCGUCGGAUUUUCCCAUUCACUCUGUACGUUGCGUCUAAUUAUCCGAUUCACUCCGUACAUUGCGUGGGAUUAUCUGAUUCACUCCGUACGUUGCAUCAGAUUAUCCAAUUCACUCCGUACUUUGCGUCGGAUUAUCCGUUUCACUCCGUACGUUGCGUCGGAUUAUCCGAUUCGCUCCGUACGUUGCGUCUGAUUAUCUGAUUCGUUUUGUACUUUCCGUCGGAUUAUCUGAUUCGCUCUGUACGUCGCGUCUGAUUAUCCAAUUUGCUCCGUACAUUGCGUCUGAUUAUCCGAUUCACUCCGUACAUUGCGUUGGAUUAUCCAAUUCCCUCUGUACGUUGCGUUGGAUUAUGCGAUUAGCUCCAUACUUUCCGUCGGAUUUUCCGAUUCACUCUGUAUGUUGCGUCUAAUUAUCCGAUUCACUCCGUACAUUGCGUGGGAUUAUCUGAUUCACUCCGUACGUUGCGUCUGAUUUUCUGAUUCGCUCUGUACUUUCCGUCGGAUUAUCUGAUUCGCUCAGUGUGUUGCGUCGGAUUAUCUGAUUUGCUCCAUACGUUGCGUCGGAUUAUCUAAUUCGCUUUGUAUCUUGCGUCGGAUUAUCCGAUUUGCUCCGUAUAUUGCGAUAAUGCCCCUAGUCCCGAUUAAAAAAAAUAGAAUUAACCCAUAUUUUAUAUCAGG